AUGUUGCCGUCCUCGGUGCGUCGCGUCGUCUCCUCGGCGCCCCCGGCGGCUACUCGUGCGGCGGCGUGCGCCUCGGUGCCCGUCGUCAUGCGCGGCCACCAGCGCCGGUUCUCCUCGUCCAAGCCCUCGCGCCCCGACAACGGCGGCGGCCCCAGCGACUUGUCGGCCGGCCAGUCGGUCCCGUCGUCGUCCUCGUCGUCGCGGCCUGACGGCAAGACCGCGGGUGACAAGCGCAAACGAAAGAGCAAGGAGGCGUCGGCCCGCGACGCCUCGUUCAAGAAGCUGCCCAGCGUCCCCGCCACCCACCACAUGUCCCACGAAGCCCUCGGUCUCUCGAGCUUCUUCUCGCUCCACCGUCCCAUUUCCAUCACGCAGACGAUGCCGCGCACCGUGUCCGAGGAGCACUUUGCCUCCAUCUUUGCGGCCCGCUCCAAGGCCAGCCGCAUCUCCGAGACCAUGACGACGCUGUCCGAGACCAUCGACCAGCUCGAAGGCCCAAUGGCCCAGAUGACGAUUGGCGGGCCGGAGGAACAGAUGCAAAACGGCGGCGGCAUGCAGCGCCUCGAGGUGCGCAACGCCGACGGCAGCGAGUCCAGCGUGUACCUGCAAGUCGACACCAUGUCGGGCGACUUUUUGCCGUUCCGUCCGCCACCCCUGCCUCAGGCCCAGCUGGCCGGCGCCGAGGGUGAGGCCGGAAGCAGCAGCCUGAGCGCCCAGGCUGAAGCAGCCGCCGAGGAGAACCCCCAGCACCGCGUCUACAAGGCCAUGUUCACGAUUGAAGAGUCGACCGAGGCCGACGGCCAGAUCCGCAUCGUCGCCCACAGCCCCCGCAUCGUCAACGACGACCAGCCUCGCAGCUUCCUCGAGCGCCUCGCCCAGCGCCAGCUGCGCUUCGACGAGGCACGCGCCGCCCGCCGCGCGGCAGCCGGCAUCAUGCAGCACGCAGCGGGCGAGACUAUGGAAGCCAUUAGUGUCAAGCGCCAGCGCAAGCUCCGCAUGAAGAAGCACAAGUAUAAGAAGUUUAUGAAGCGCACGAGGAACCUGCGCCGCAAGCUUGACCGCACGUAA